GCGAGUGCCCGCCCAGGCUCUCCGACAUCCCCGCGCCCUGCGGCCCCAUACCGAGCUGGACACCGCAGAGACCAGCCGCUCCCAGUGGACCGAAUCCCCAUCGAUACGCGGAUGGCGGCCGACGGCGGCCGGUGCACCGCCCGCGCCCCACCCAGGAGCCAGCGUUCCGCAGGGAGGCCCGCCUUCCGGUUGGCAGCGCCUCCCGCGAGAAGUCCUUCCUCCGCACGUGCAUGGACUCGCUGAGCAGCUGCGGCUGCUCCGACACCGACAGGAGGGAGGUGCAGCCUCGCCCGCCGGAGCUCCAGCGCGGAGGAGCAGCAGCGCGCAACGCGUCGCCGCACGCGAGGGAGAAGCCCAUGGAGCGGUCUGGCAUCGGCGCUGGUGCGCUCGUGGUGGUGCAGGAGGAGUUUGACGGCGAGGGGCACGACGCGCUCAGGUUCAAGAGAGGGCAGCAGGGCGUGGUGGCAGAGACCGACGACGAGGGCAAUUUGCUUGUCCAGUUCCAGGACCACAAGCGAAAGCAGUGGAUCUUCAAGAAGGACUUGAAGAAGUUGAAGGUCACGGGCUACCACGCGGAGGCCUCCGCAGUGGGCGGCUUCGCGCCGAGCGCCGUCGCGACGGAGCUGCACUACCUGAUCCCCGAGAGCGGGGUCUUCGAGCGCGGCUUCGGCAGCGCCACCAUCGAGGCCUACGGCGAGGAGGUCGACUGGGCCUUGGCCGACGAGUACCUCAAGGUGGACGGCGACGCGGAGCUGGCGAACCUGAAGGCCGACGACGAGGUACUGAGCAAGCUGCAGGCGCUCUCGGCGCUGCACGUCUUCAUGGAGGCGGACCUGGAGCCGUUCAGCACGGUGGCGGAGCGCGACAGGGCGUUGGCGGACUACAUCGCCGACAUGUGCUAUGUGCAGCAGGCCAGCUUCAUGAAAGCGAGCUACCUUUUCAACGGGUUCAUGCACAUCUUCGAGGACCACAGGCACCUGGCCGCAGCAGACGCCCCGAUGAGCUCCUUGCUGUCCCCGUGGACGCCCCAGGCGCAGACCCAGACGCCAGCUGGCACGAGGUCAAGUUCUGGAGCAAGAGCGAGGGGCUUACGCCUCAGCACAAUUCCAAAGGCAGAGUUUGUACAGACGGAUCCUGUCUAG